AUGUCGGAACGCCAAGCAGAGGCCCACCGGCUCCUUUCGGAAUACCCCAAGACGGCAGCGCCGGGUGUGAGCUUGAAGCCGGUGGCGGGACCGGCAUUUCUGCGAAGAAUCCCCAGAAGGUCCUCGCACUCGGUGGCAUUCGUUUCCAUCGCAACAGUGGCACUAUUGUCAUUAUCCCUCUUAUUUAUAACUUGUGCCUCGCCUGCGGCAUGGACCUGGCUGGCCACGACCCUCAAUCCGUCCCUGCACCAUGCCGAGACGGGAGGAGCCGACAGUGGUAACGGCGGCGCUGCCGCCGACCGCUACCUGGUCGGUGUGGGCAAGGCGGAUAUAACCGGGCCAGUGGUCGAAAUAAAUCUCAUGGGGUACGCAGACCCUAAUCAGGUUGGCUCCGGUCUCCGGCAGCGACUGUACAGUCGCGCCUUUAUUGUCGGUGACCUGGCACAUCCGGCCGACCGUUUCGUCUACUUGGUUCUUGACACCCAGUCUGGCGACACGGCAGUCCGCUACGGCAUUAUAUCAGCGUUGCAGUCGCUUGGGCCCGAAUAUGCCCACUAUGGCCACCACAACGUCGCAGUCACGGGCACUCACUCUCAUUCUGGUCCGGGCGGAUGGCUCAACUAUCUCCUGCCACAGAUCACAAGCAAGGGUUUUGAUCACCAAGGCUACCGUGCCAUCGUCGACGGCGCUGUUCUCUCCAUCCGCCGGGCACACGAGAGCUUGACCCCUGGCUAUCUGCAUGUCGGAAAGACCAAGGUCGCCGGCGCCAACAUCAACCGCAGCUUGUUUGCAUACCUGGCCAAUCCCGAGACGGAGAGGAAACGCUACAACGUCAGUUCGGAGGACGACGGCUCCGUAGAAAAGGAGAUGACACUGCUCAAGUUUCAGCGCGCAUCCGACAUGCGUCACAUUGGCAUCCUCACAUGGUUUCCUACGCAUGGCACGUCAAUGCUUGGCAACAACACUUUGAUCACGGGCGACAACAAGGGCGUCGCCGCGUAUCUGUUCGAGAAGAGCAUGCGCUCUGAGAUGUCAGCCGCGCCUGACGUCAACUUUGUGGCUGGUUUCUCGCAGGCCAACGUCGGAGAUACGAGCCCAAAUGUAAAUGGGGCCUGGUGUGAGGAUGGCUCGGGUCAGAUGUGCACCUUCGAAAACAGUACUUGUGCUGACGGCAAGGCACAGGCUUGUCAUGCCAGGGGUCCAUUCUUUGGCAGGGACGACGGCGGCACGGCAUCCUGUUUCGAGAUUGGGAUGCGUCAGUUCAAGCCCGCCCGUGCAUUAUAUGAUAAGCUUCUGCGCAGCGAGGGCACUCGAAUCAGGGGUGGCAUGGUCAAGUCUUUCCACAUCUUCCACGACAUGUCAGGGUUCAAGUUUGCACACCCAAGGAAUAGCUCCAAGAUUAUACGCACCUGUCCCGCAGCGCUCGGGUAUUCGUUCGCAGCUGGGACCUCGGACGGCCCUGGAGUUUUCGACUUCACCCAGCACGAUGGUGACUCGUCCAAUACAAGUCCAGUCUGGCGGGUCGUGUCAAGCAUGCUCAAGAAGCCUUCAGAUGAGCAGAUUGCCUGCCACGCUCCUAAGCCAAUACUUCUGGAUGUCGGCGAGGUGUCUCGUCCAUACCAGUGGACCCCCAAUAUUGUUGACGUCCAGCUGUUUAGGGUCGGCCAGCUAGCUAUCAUCGUCAGUCCCGGUGAGGCCACCACCAUGGCCGGAAGGCGCUGGAAGGAAUCGGUGGAAAGGGCCUUUGUAGGAUUCCUCGACAGUGAAGGAAACGAUGCAGACGGCAACGAAGACAGUGACAACGAACAACUCACCCCUAUAGUGGUUCUCGGUGGGCCUGCUAAUUCAUACACACACUACAUUACGACGGAGGAGGAGUACGGCAUUCAGAGAUACGAGGGCGCCUCCACACUCUAUGGCCCCCACACGCUGGAUGCGUACAUCAAUGUCACAUUGUCGCAUCUGCCUUAUCUCUUCGCUCAUGGAAAGCAUUUGCCGCCGCACCAUGACGAUCCAUCUUCCUUCCCACCAGACAACACCAACAGAUCCUUGUCAUUCAUCACAGGGGUUGUGAGGGAUGGAACUAAACCAUUCAAGUCCUUUGGAGAUGUUUUGAAAGAUGUGUUCAGUGAUCAGGAGGCGGCAAGGCCGAGGCUGCAUUUUCGCCGUGGAGUAGAUACGGUGCGGGCCGUUUUUGUAGGUGCAAACCCACGCAACAACCUCCGACUCGAGGGGACUUUUGCAUCUGUGGAGAAGCUGGAUGUUGCCGGCGGCUCGGUUUGGAAAACGGUACGUAGUGAUGCCGACUGGACUCUUGUGUUCCGAUGGCGAAGGACAAGCGCCGUGCUAGCGACUAGCGAGGUCGAGAUCAGCUGGGAGACGGAGUCUUGGGCGGACCCAGGCAUGUACCGGCUCCGGUAUUUUGGGGACUCCAAAAGCCUUGGGGGUGACAUAAAGCCUUUUGAAGGGACCAGUAGCGUUUUUGUAUUAGUAUGA